AUUAUUCCUUUGCGGCACCGCAAGUCUUCAGCAAUCGGCGGUACUUUGUUCUUCGGUGCUGCGUUCCAUAUCUAGACUCUCGUCUCCAUUGAUCGGCGACACUAUUUUUCCCAAGUCAAAGUUCUGGAUCAUUGCACUCUCAAUUGUUAAUUUCAUCAAUUCACGCUUGAGUUCCUGGCCAUCGCACAUCAUGCACAUGGAUCAAAUAUCAUCCGAUCAGCCUAUUCUCACGUCUAUUGUCCAUGCUACUGUCUCUUAUUCCGUUUCCACUUUCGUCUUCUCUUUCGCAGCCGUGAAAUCGAAGCGACAAACAAUGACUCGAAUCUUCGGGAAUGUCCGAAUUACAGGGUAUAUAAAGAGGUAUGGCAGUGUUGCGCAGCCUCAAAAUCCAUCCGUCAACUCAAUCGACAACCUAUCGACAUCUAACCAAGCAUCCAACAUCCACAAUGAUUCAACACAAUUCUACCCCUGGCAGCUGGCUCUGCCGAUCUUGUGACAUGUGUUUCACAGACAAAUACAGUCUUUUUGAACACAACCAAUCCUCGAGGCAUUUCGUGUGUGGGGAUAGUAGGUGCAAGGGCAGGGCCUUCCGCUCAGCUCUAGGCUUGAGGGAGCAUCUUCGGCAGGCUGCCGUGCACCGCGAAUACGACCACGCUCAAUGCAAGAGGUGCGAUCGACAAUUCACCUCGACCCAUUGUGUGCUCUUGCACCUCGACAUGGGCGGCUGCAGAUCCGUUAACUGGGAGUGGGUCCUUAAACGAGUCAAGCGCCGGGAUCGACGUAAUAUCUAUGUCGAUCCCGAUGUUGACUUCGAGGCUGCAUCGUGUUCGGGAACGGGUACCUACUGCACCACGUGUAGACGGCCCUUCAAGAACCCGUUUGCUCUCAAGCAGCAUCUCACAAGCCCUGCACACCAGCCGAGGGUACUCAAGUGCCCUGUGGCUGGGUGUGGAUCACGAUUUGCAACACUUAGUGCUCUGGCUCAGCAUAUUGAGACAGGGACCAAGUGUGCAAAGAGAGAUAAUAAGGCUUUGAGAGAGUGGAAGAAGUUUGUUGGUAAGAUUGGCCUUGUUGCUAAGGUCACUCCUGCACGUCCGUCGACUCUGUAGUGGUCUUUUUGACUACCUGGACGCGGGCGUGCAGGUAUUCUCCUCACAUAUGUAUAACAUUUCCAUGCCUUUGAUGAUGAUUUAUGCAAAACACUGUCAUUGAUAUCUACUGAUGACAAUUCAUCUCCAUUUCAUACCCUUCACUUCCUACAUCUAUACCUCAUUUCAUUUCCCCAUUCCUUUCAUGAUGCCCUCAUCAUCUUUCUAUUGGACUUGUUGCCACAUAGAGUAGCUACCCAUGUGGUGGAAAGACUGGUGCAUUCCGUAGCUUAAGACAGUCAUUUUUACCUAGUAUACAGUCACUCCCAACUCUUUGUAUUUCUAGGCUCGAGUCAGUCCCCGUUUCUGACGAUGAUGAUAAUCCAUCAACUCGGGCAGGACUGGUUCGAGUCUAUUGUAUGUAUUUCGUCCAAGCAAUAUGACACGUUU